UCGCGCGUCGCGAUCGCUCGUCUUGUACUCGUAUCUUCUCGCUUUUGCUUUCGAUUUCGCGCGUAUUUCUCGAAUGCGGCACCUUCGGGUGCUUUCGAGAUACCGUGCUCGACCGAUCGCUCUCUUCGGUGCCUUCCGUCAUCGCGCGCGAAACCGAUCGACUGCACGCGCGUCCCAGCAAAGUUUCCAUCCGAUAAUCUCUCGUUUCCCGGUGCUUUCGCAAAGUGAAGCUUCCCCGAAGCUGCGUUAAGAUGGGACCCGGAACGGACAGAUCGAGGAGUUUCGCGGCAAAACCCUGAACCGGUGUCCGAAGAUUCUAUGGUGGGGAUCGAAGUGAUCGUUCGCGAGUGGACGAAGGUGCUCGUGCGAUUUUCUUCGUUCGAUCGAGGAUCGAGUUUGCUCGUCGCACGGGACGCGCCAGUGCUGUGAUACGAGCAGACCGGAAGCCACCGCCUCCAGAGUACUGCAACGUGUUAUCGUCAUUGCAGGGAACGACGCGAAAAAGUGCGCGUUACUUCGAUUCCCAUAGGACUGUAGGAUCUUAAGACCACGAACAGUCAAGACAUCUACGAUGAACGUCUGAAAUAACGACGUACCAGAUUAAUUAUCACCAUGAGAACGUUGCUGAUUCUUGCGGGCAUUUUCCUGGAAAUACAUCUUCAUUUCACCGGCAGCCAGGCGGAGCACCAGCGAUCGUUAAGCAGCGGGAACGAGGUAGAGUUGAAGGGAUCGGAGGACAAGGGCGAAGAUGUCAUCGAGGGGCCCGUCAGGGAAGUCCUCGCUCAAAGCGGCAGCACCGCGAAUCUACCCUGUAAAAUCACCGAUCCUGGAGCUGGAACCAUCACGUGGGUGAAGCACAGAGGCAGACGAUUACUAACCGUUGGUACGAGUACCCACUCGAUCGACAAUCGAUUUGGCGUGAUGCAUUCGAGUACCGAUUGGUCACUUCAGAUACGAGCAGUUACUCUUCAGGAUGCCGGUAUAUACGAGUGUCAGGUUACGUCGCAUCCGGUGCAGCGUAACUUCGUGCACUUGAAAAUUACGGAAGCGUACUCGAUCAUACCCGGUGCGCCCGAUUUGCACGUGAAACAGGGCUCCAGCCUUCGGCUGGAGUGUCAACUGAUGGCGGCCGCGGAGUCGCCCGUGUACGUCUUCUGGUACCGCCAGGGUCACAUGAUCAAUUACGAUGAGGAGCCAGGCGUGAAAGUCGAGCUCACGAAGAGUGGAUCGAUUUUAAUGGUCAACAAAACGAAGCCGUCACACGGCGGGAACUACACCUGCGCGCCGAGCAACGCCAAGUCGGCGUACGUGAUGGUGCACGUGAUCGAAGAGGAGGAGAAACCGGCCGCCAUGCACGGAGGCGACAGAAGGAACCUUAGCCCAGCAAUUUUGGCCAGCAACUUUCUAGUGUCCCUCUUGGCGGCCGCCAGCUGGAGGAUACCGAGUUUCACCAGCCUUUAUCCGACGUGAAUCGCCGUAGAACUUACGGGAAUGGUUGGUGUUCGUGCCCGCGCCACCGCAGCCCGGUUCAUCUUCUUCCGCAAGGACGAGUCCGCCAAUGGUCGCUCGGAUCUUCGGGACUCGUCUUUCCAGCUGUAACGCCGAUCCGACGGAGAGCGCUCUCGUGGUGCGUGAAAACGAAUCGAUCGUUUUAGUGUAACCGGGACUUUCCGAGGAAUAUCGAUCGUAACGCCAGAAUCCUCCUCUCGCGAUCUUUUUGGGCGCGGUCGAAUUAUCCUUCCUUCUGGAAUUGAUCUAACACCUCGCGCGUUUCACUCUUGGUAAUAGGACCUCUUCGUGAGAGGACAGUGACUCUUCGAGUUAGUAUCUUUCCGGUGUGACGACGAGUGAAAACUAUUUUCUUGGUACGUGAAUUGUACGUAUAAUCAGUGUACGCGUAUACGUUAUGUUCGUUGCGCGGUAUGCGCAUAUGUAUGUAUACACAGAUAGUAAGUUUGAAACGGGGACUCGAAGCGAAACGGCUGAUUUCCCGAAUUGAUCGCGUCGAGACCCCCGUUUUAUUUCGUUCUUUCGAGAAGCGUCGAUCGCGGCGAAUGCGUGAGAUCCAUUCGCGACGACCGCGUUAGUUGUCGGAAUAAAUGGAAUCAAUGUAAAUAAUGCAUUCUAAAUAUACAUUCAAUAAAACAUUAAUCGUAA